UGGGUGAGUGAGUUCUACACAACAGGCUGAGCGUGAUGAAUGGCCACGCCUCUCCUCCUCUUGAUGUCCUGGUCACCAACAGCACUGACCCGGCCAUCGUCCCCAAGACCAUGAAGGCCGUGCCGGGAACCAGCACCCCUUCUGGGCCUCCGUCUGCCCAGCCUAAGAGCAUCGCUGGGGUGUACGUGGAGGCCUCCGGCCAGGCACAGAGUCUCUACGCUGCCAUGAAGCAGGGUCUCCUGCCCGUUGAGCUUGGGCUGGCUCUGCUGGAGGCCCAGGCGGCCACCGGGGGCCUCGUGGACCCCACGCAAGGCCGGUUCCUCCCUGUGUCCGAGGCCCUGCAGCAGGGCCUGGUGGGCCUGGAGCUAAAGGAGAAGCUGCUGGUGGCCGAGCGCGCAGUCGCUGGGUACCCUGACCCCUACGGUGGCGGGAAGCUGGCACUUUUCCAGGCCAUCGGGAAGGAGGUGGUAGACCGAGCGCUGGGGCGGGGCUGGCUGGAGGCCCAGCUGGCCACGGGGGGCUUGGUGGAUCCCAUUCGGGGUACACGGGUGGCCCCGGGGCCGGCCUGUCAGCAGGGUCUCCUGGACCAGGACACGUGGCGUGGCCUGUCUGAGCGCAAGCCCAGCCCCAGUGCCCCUGGCUUCCUGGACCCCAACACCCUGGAGCGGCUGUCGUACCGCGAGCUGCUGGGCCGGUGUGUGAGAGCCCCUGACACAGGGUUGGCGCUGCUGCCCCUCAAGACCACCUUCCCCACCCUGAGUGGGGCAGUGAGCUUGGCCGAGCUGCUAGAGGUGGGGGUCCUGGAUGACGAGGCCGCCCGGGGCCUUCGGGAAGGCAGGCUGGCGGCCCGAGAGGUGAGCGCGCGGGCUGACGUGAGGCGCUACCUGCAGGGCACCGGCAGCAUCGCGGGGGCUGUCCUGCUGCCCGCGGGCCACAAGAAGAGCUUCUUCCGGGCCGUCAGCGAGCACCUGCUCCCCAUGGGCACCGCGCUCCCGCUCCUGGAGGCUCAGGCCGCCACCGGCACACUGGUGGACCCGGCCACCGGCCGGCGGCUCCGGGUGGACGAGGCGGUCAGGUCGGGCCUGGUCGGCCCAGAGCUCCACAGGCAGCUCCUGGUGGCGGAAGAGGCGGUGACGGGGUACCAUGACCCCUUCAGCGGCGCCCGAGUGCCCCUCUUCCAGGCCAUGAAGAAGGAGCUGGUGGACAGGCCUCUGGCUCUGCGACUCCUAGAUGCCCAGCUGGCCACAGGUGGGCUGGUAUGUCCGGCCCGCAGGCUCCGGCUGCCCCCGGAGGCCGCCCUGCGCUUCAGAUGCCUGGACCAAGAGACUCAGCAGUGUCUGUCCCGGGCCACCGGCUUCUGGGACCCCAACACACAGGAGAGCGUGGGCUAUGGGCAGCUACUGGCCCGCUGCGUCACCGACCCAGAAACAGGACUGGCCUUUCUCCCCCUCUCAGGGGGCCCCCUUGGAGAAGAGCCACGAGGACUCCCGUUCAUUGACCACAGCACCCGGGAGGCCUUGAGUGAGGCCAUGACCACCGUCGCCGUGGGCGAGUUCCAGGGCCGGCCCGCCUCACUCUGGGACCUGCUCUUCUCUGAGCCCAUCCCUGCGCAGCAGCGGGCGGCACUGGCCCAGCGCCACAAGGAAGGUGCCAUCUCGGGGGAGGAACUGGCAGCUGCGCUGAGGGCCACCCUUGAGCAGGCUGCGGCCACGGCCAGGACCACCUUUGCCGGCCUGAGGGUGCCCGUGGCCCCAGGAGAGCUGCUGAGAGCAGAGAUCAUCGACCAGGACACGUACGAGCGGCUGGAGCGAGGGCAGACCACAGCCCAGGAGGUGGGCAGGCUGGGCUCGGUGCACAGGUUCCUGCAGGGCACCGGCGGCAUCGCAGGCCUGCUGCUGCCGGGCUCCCAGGAGCGGCUCGCCAUCUACGAGGCUCGCGGGAGGGGGCUCCUCAGGCACGGCACGGCCCUCAUCCUCCUGGAGGCACAGGCGGCCACGGGCUUCAUUCUCGACCCGAAGGAAAACAAGAGAUAUUCUGUGGAGGAGGCACUGAGGGCUGGCCUCGUAGGGCCCGACGUGUUUGCAAAGCUGCUGUCGGCCGAGCGCGCCGUCACCGGCUACACCGACCCCUACACCGGGGAGCGCAUCUCCCUCUUCCAGGCCAUGAAGAAGGACCUCAUCGUGCGGGAGCACGGCAUCCGCCUGCUGGAGGCCCAGAUCGCCACGGGCGGCAUCAUCGACCCGGUGCACAGCCACCGCCUGCCCGUGGACGUGGCCUACCGGCGCGGCUACUUCGACGAGGAGACGAACCGCGUCCUGGCGGACCCGAGCGACGACACCAAGGGCUUCUUCGACCCCAACACGCACGAGAACCUCACCUACCUGCAGCUGCUGGAGCGCUGCGUGGAGGACCCCGAGACGGGCCUGCGCCUGCUGCCCCUGAACGGCACCCAGCCCCUGCUCGUGGACGGCACCACCCAGCAGGCCUUCCAGAGCCUGCUGCUGUCGGGGAAGUUCGGGCGUUUCCAGGGGCGGAGAGUUUCCGCGUGGGAGCUGAUCAACUCAGAAUGCUUCAGCGAGGACCAGAGGAGGCAGCUCCUGCGGAGGUACCAGCAGCACAGCAUCUCCCUGGAGCAGGUGGCGCAGUGGCUGGAGAGGGAGAUGGGGAGGUGGGCGGACAUCACGCUGCCCGGGCUGCGGGGCCCGGUCACGGCCUACCAGCUCCUGGAGGCCCGUAUCAUCGACCAGGAGCUCCUGGACCGGGUGCUGGAGGGGGCGGUCAGCCCCGAAGCCCUCCUCCACACGGACUGCGUCCGGAGGUACCUACGCGGCUCCGGCGCCCUCGGCGGCGUGCUGCUGGGACCCGCCAGCCGGCGGCUCAGCCUGUACGAGGCCAUGAGGCAGAAGGUCCUGGGGCCAGGGGUGGCCCUCGCCCUGCUGGAGGCCCAAGCAGCCACUGGAGCCAUCGUGGACCCCCACAGUCUGGAGACCCUGUCGGUGGAUGAGGCCGUGCGCAGGAAGCUGGUGGGGCCAGAGCUGUAUCGCCAGCUGAGACGGGCUGAGGACGCUGUCACUGGCUUCCGAGAUCCCUUCUCUGGGAAGUGUGUGUCCCUGUUCCAGGCCAUGAAGAAGGGCCUCAUCCCUGAGGAGCAGGCCGCCCGCCUCCUGGAUGCCCAGCUGGCCACAGGGGGGGUCAUUGACCCCACAGGCCACUACCACCUCCCCAUGCCCGUGGCCACCCAGCGGGGCUACAUAGACCAGGAGAUGGAGGAGGCCUUGUCCAGCUCAUCCGAGACCUUCCCCACGCCGGACGGCCGGGGACACACCAGCUACGCCCGGCUGCUGGAGCAGUGUCUGAGGGACGAGGCUUCUGGCCUUUACUUCCUGCCCCUGCCCGAAGACGCUCCGGCCAUCCCCACCGACAAGCAGGUCCAGGAGACCCUACGGGCGGCGCAGGGGACUGAGGACGGCACGUCCCUCUGGGAGCUGCUGGGCUCUGGCCACUUCACCGAGGAGCAGCGGAACAGCUUCGUGGAGGACUUCAGGCUGGGGAGGACCACCUUGCAGCAGCUGCAGGCAGCUGUGCACAAGCGGGUGCGGGAGGCGGAACUCCUGGCUCGGGCUCACGUCACAGUGCCCGGCCCCAGGGGUGAGGUUCCCGCCGUCUGGCUGCGUGACGCCGGCAUCAUCACCGCGGAGACCCUGGCGGCCCUGGCUCGGGGCACGCGGUCACCCGCGGAGGUCGCCGAGGAGCCCAGCGUGAAGGCCCGUCUGUGGGGGACGGGCUGCGUAGCGGGCCUGCUGUUGCAGCCGUCGGGGACCAAGGCCAGCAUCGGCCAGGCCAUGAGGGAUGGCCUCCUACCCGAGGGCCUGGGGCGAAGGCUGCUGGAGGCCCAAGUGGCAUGUGGCUCCCUCAUUGACCCUCUGACCAGCCAGAGACUGUCUGUGGAAGGCGCAGUGAAGGCGGGCCUGGUGGGCGGGGCACUGAGCGAGCAGCUCCAGCAGGCCGAGAGGGCCGUGGCUGGGUACACGGACCCCUACACAGGAGGCUCCCUCUCACUGUGGCAGGCCGUGGAGAAGGGGCUGGUGCCCCAAAGUGAGGGCCUCCGGCUCCUACAGGUGCAGCUGGCCACGGGGGGCGCAGUGGACCCUGUGCACGGGGUGCACCUGCCCCAGGAGGCAGCCUGCAGGUUUGGCCUCCUGGAUGAGCAGGUCAGCCGGGUGCUGACCUCAAAAGACGAGGACAACAAGUUCUUCUUCGACCCCAGCACGCGAGACAAGGUGACGUACAUGCAGCUCAAGGAGGGCUGUGUCUCCGACAGGGACACCGGCCUCUGGCUGCUGCCGCUCGCCCUGGACAUGGUGCUCGAAGUGGAUGAGCACACGGUGGUGGCCCUGAGGGCCACGAAGGUACCUGUCAGCACCGGGAGGUUCAAAGGUCUCCGCGUGUCACUGUGGGACCUGCUGCACUCCGAGUACGUCGGCGUCCACAAGCGGCGAGAGCUGGCGGCCCUCUGCCAGUCCGGGAGGGCCACAGCCGUGCGGCAGGUGGCUACGGCAGUCAGCACCCUGGUCGAGGCUGCAGAGACACAGCCCUCACGGGCCGCCUUUAGAGGACUCCGGAAGCAGGUGUCGGCCAACGACUUGUUCAGGUCCCAGCUCAUUGACAAGGAGACACUGGACGAGCUGAAUCAGGGGAGAAAGACUGUGCAGGAGGUGACAGAGAUGGACAGUGUGAGGCGGUACCUGGAGGGAAGCAACUUCAUUGCCGGGGUCCUCGUCCAGGGCACGAAGGAGAAGAUGAGCGUCUCCGAGGCCCUAAGGAGGCACAUCCUGCGGCCGGGCACGGCCCUGGUGCUGCUGGAGGCGCAGGCGGCCACCGGCUUCCUCAUCGACCCCGUGCGCAACCAGAGGCUGACUGUGGAGGAGGCGUUCGCAUCAGGGAUGUUUGGCAGGGAAACCUACNNNAAGCUGCUGUCGGCCGAGCGCGCCGUCACCGGCUACACCGACCCCUACACCGGGGAGCGCAUCUCCCUCUUCCAGGCCAUGAAGAAGGACCUCAUCGUGCGGGAGCACGGCAUCCGCCUGCUGGAGGCCCAGAUCGCCACGGGCGGCAUCAUCGACCCGGUGCACAGCCACCGCCUGCCCGUGGACGUGGCCUACCGGCGCGGCUACUUCGACGAGGAGAUGAACCGCGUCCUGGCGGACCCGAGCGACGACACCAAGGGCUUCUUCGACCCCAACACGCACGAGAACCUCACCUACCUGCAGCUGCUGGAGCGCUGCGUGGAGGACCCCGAGACGGGCCUGUACAUGUUACAAAUUGUAAAGAAAGGAGAGACCUACGUUUAUAUCGAUGAAACCACAAAACAAGUCCUACAGUCCAGAACUACACAAAUGCACGUGGGGAGGUUUGCCAAUCAGAAAGUCUCCUUCUGGGACCUGCUUUCCUCCCAGUACUUCCCAGAGGAAAGGAAGCGGGAACUCAUCCAGGAGUAUAGAGCCCAGAAUCUACCCCUCGAGCGGCUGCUGGAGCUCAUCACGGCUACCGUGGAGGAAACAGAAAAGCAGUACGAGGCGAUCCAGGUGCCAGGCAUCGGUGGACAGGUGACAGCUGCGGAGUUGUUCAACUCUGGAAUCAUCGAUAAAAGGACCCUGGAUGUACUGCACAGAGAGGCACGGGGUGAGCAGGAUCUCAGCCGGUUAGCACAUGUGAAGACCUAUCUGGAAGGUCGUGGCUGCAUCGCGGGGGUGACUAUGCCCUCCACCCAAGAGGUGAUGAGCCUCUAUGACGCCAGCAGGAAAGGACUCAUCCCCAUGGGCUUUGCGGCUCAGCUGCUGGAGGCCCAGGCGGCCACUGGGUUCAUGCUGGAUCCCUGCAGCCAUAGGAGGCUCUCUGUGCAACAGGCCGUGGCUGAGGGCCUGGUGGGUGAGGACAUGCAGGAAAGGCUUCUGGACGCCCAGAAGGCCGCCCAAGGCUACACAGACCCGGUCACGGGACACAAAGUCCCGCUAUUCCAGGCCAUGAAAAAGAACUUAGUCAGAAAAGAGGAUGCGCUCAGACUGCUUGAGGCACAGGAGGCCACAGGGGGUAUCAUCGACCCACAGCACCACCACCGCCUGCCUGUGGAUGUGGCCUACAGACGGGGGUGUCUACACCAGGACACAUACCCGCUCAUUUCAGAUCAGAAGCACAUGAAUAAAAGGUUUGUGGAUCCAAACACCCAGGAGAGGGUCACCUACCGACAACUACAGGAAAGGAGCCAAAAGGAAGCAGGGACAGGCUGGGCGCUCUUCCCGGUGGUAAAGGACCAACAGAAGCCUGCCUACAUCGAUGAGCCAACGAGGAGGGCCCUGGAGGCUGAGCAGGUGGACGUACAGGUGGGAAGGUUCACGGACCAGAAGCCAUCGCUAUGGGACAUCCUGAACUCAGAAUACGUGACGGAGGAGAGAAAGCUCGACUUGAUAGGUGAAUACAAAAAGGGCACAGCCCAAGAGUUACAGAAGGUAGUAAACAUCAUCUUAGGAAUAAUCGAUGAGAGGGAAAAAGGCAACAAACAAUUGUGGUUCCGAGGGAUCAGAAAACAAAUCACAGCUUCCGAACUGUUCGACUCUGGAAUCAUCACCCAGGAGAUGCUAGAGGACAUGGUCAAGGGGGCCAGCACCUCAGAUGUCAUCGGAGAAAAAGAACAGGUCAAACGCUACCUGCAGGGCACGAGCUGCAUCGCGGGCGUGCUGGUGCCCGCCAAGGACGAGCCCGGGCGGCAGGAGAAGAUGAGCAUCUACCAGGCCAUGUGGAAGGGCGUCCUGCGGCCCGGCACGGCCCUGGUGCUGCUGGAGGCGCAGGCGGCCACCGGCUUCGUCGUCGACCCCGUGCGCAACCAGAGGCUGUCCGUGGAGGAGGCGGUGGCGGCGGGCGUGGUGGGCGGCGAGAUCCAGNNNAAGCUGCUGUCGGCCGAGCGCGCCGUCACCGGCUACACCGACCCCUACACCGGGGAGCGCAUCUCCCUCUUCCAGGCCAUGAAGAAGGACCUCAUCGUGCGGGAGCACGGCAUCCGCCUGCUGGAGGCCCAGAUCGCCACGGGCGGCAUCAUCGACCCGGUGCACAGCCACCGCCUGCCCGUGGACGUGGCCUACCGGCGCGGCUACUUCGACGAGGAGAUGAACCGCGUCCUGGCGGACCCGAGCGACGACACCAAGGGCUUCUUCGACCCCAACACGCACGAGAACCUCACCUACCUGCAGCUCAUGGAGAGAGCUACUGCUGAUCCUGAGACUGGACUGUUAUUUAUGUCUCUGCGUGGAGUUUGAAUUGCCGUUCUCCUUGUUGCUAUGUAGAGAUAUAAAAGCAUCUGUCAUUAAUGCAAAAUUCUAGGUAUAUUCCAAUUAAUUGUCUUUCUUUUGUCACUCGUGCUAUAUAUGUAUCUGGUAAGGUACCCAAAAUUUUUAUCAUCCCCCUGGUUCCCCCACAUCCCAUUUUGUGGGAAAAUAACAUAACCCCCACUCCUCAUACCGGUCUGCACUUCUCCCUGUUUUCUUACUUGUGAAUUUUUAUUAUGUGUGUGUCUUUGGAUGGAUGUGGAGACAUUCUGUAUUAAACUGUGGUGCAGUAAUAGUUAAAAUAGUUAAAAUUUUUCCCUUUUUUGUUGCUAUUGUUGUAUAUACGUUAGUUUCUUAUGUUCUUUUUUUUUAAAUGCUCUGUUUUCCAUUUUAUUUUUUCCUUUUUUAAAGUUUAGUUAUGUUGAGAAAGACAAAGAAAACAUGAGGUGGGAGGGGUAAAGAUGGGGAGAGAGAGAAGAGGGAGAAUCCCCAACAGGAUCCCGAGCUGUCAGCACACGGCCCAAGGUGGGGCUUGAACCCAUGAACUGUGAGAUCAUGACCCGACUCAAAACCAAGUGUCAAACGCUUCACUCACUGAGCCAUCCAGGUACCCCUUUCCUUUCCACUUUUAAGAUAUGUCCUGCUUGUGGAUUAACUCAUUUCCCAUCAAGUUUUGUUUUCAAUUCAGUGGUUCGUGGCUAUUUCGGGUCCCUCUUUGGUGGCCGUGUUUCCCAUUGCUGUGCUCAAUAAAGCUCAGCCUGAAUAUGUUCUUGGCGUGGCCCUUCUAUUAGGUAUGUCCCCUCGUGGGUUGGUAACUAGCACGUUUUGUAACUAUGUGCUUUAUAAUUUACAAAGAAAUGUUUGUGUUUAACGAAAGGUCUCUGAUUUCAGAGUUUUGAGUGGUGGAUGUUUUAAUUGUAGAAAUAAGUUAAACAAGGAAAAUAACCAUCACAAAUGUAGGGUAACAUAGACUUACAUUUAGAAUAGUCUCUUAAAACGCUGCAGCUAAUGGGUGUGUGGGUAGCUCUGUUGGUUGAGCAUCUGAUUCUUGAUUUUACCUCAGGUCACGAUCCCAGAGACGUGGGAUUCAGCUCCAUGUUGGGCUCCACGCUGAGUAUGGAGCCUGCUUAAGAAUCUCAGGGCACCUGGGUGGCUCAGUUGGUUAAGUGUCCGACACUUAGUUUUAGCUCAGGUCAUGAUCUCGCAGUCUGUGGGUUCGAGCCCUGCAUUGGGCUCUAUGCUGACAGCUCAGAGCCUGCUGGGGAGUCUCUCUCUCCCUUUCUGCCCCUCUCCCCACUCUCUCUCUCUCUCUCUGUCUCAAAAAUAAACAUUAAAAAAAGAUCUCUCCUCUCUCUUUCCCUCUCCCCCUCUCCCCACUGGUGCUCACUCGUUGUCUCUCUAAAAUGAAAUAGUAAUAAAAGA